AUGUUGCACGCCAUCACGUAUGGGAAACGUUGCGCGACAAGCCGGUCGGGCUUUUUAGUGCUGGCGGUGCGCCUGGUUUCGUCAAAAGCACCGAAAGGUGAUCAGACUCAAUUUAGGGACCUGACAAAUGUUGCCACACAUAAGCGUAGAUUGUCAUCGAGUUAUACCACCAAACCAGAAAAAAUUAUGGAUAAGAAGAUAGAUAUUUUGGACGAUAACAACAGUGCCAGUCGGUUUGUGCCGUCAGAAAGUUCACCAUCCGCAAACAAGAGAGCGUUUGUUCCUGUAGAACGGUUCCCCAAGGCACCAGAGCAUAUCAUUAACAUGUCGACUGACGACUUGUAUUCCCAGCAUAAUAUCCAGUUUGGCACCCCGCCUCCCAAGGAGAAAGAUAAAGAUAAAUACGUGGAUUUCGUGAUACCGGACCGCUACUUGAAGUCGGUCAGAUCGAAGCAGAUCACUCCUAAAGAUAAGGCAAUGGUUGAGGAACUUGAAAAUUUGAUAAAAACAAACGACGAGUACCAGAUCGCCCAGUCGCAGUAUAAUCUUAUCAAACUCUAUUAUGACCAGGAUUCAGACUCAUACCAACCGAUGCCAGAACAUGCAUUGAAGAAAUCGUUGUCUGGUAUGAUUAAUCUUAACCCUAGCAUGGAUGAUAUCGAAGAUGAUUACUUGUGGCAAUUGUUCCCCAAAGGUAGCUUGUUUGGAGUUCCUCCUUUUGAAAAAGAUGCUGCAUCUCACUCGUUCAAACAAUGGGAACACGAGAUGCUUCAGAAACAAAAGAAGACAGACGUCCAAAAACAGCAUGAUUUACAAGAGUAUAAUGAGUUCAGAGUACUUUUAAGCGACUCUAAAUCAUUUUUCCGCAAACCUUCGAACAGCAAUAGGAAAAAAUUGGACCGGAAGCUCCUUAAAGAGUACAAAAAGAUGAAAACCAAGGGCAAGUUGCCCAAGGAUGAUGAUGACGACGAACCCCUUUAG